AUGCGCCUCGUUCAUACGACAACUCUCCAGCUCAAAGAAUUCGGCGAGAAUAAAAUCCCGCCGUAUGCCAUUCUUUCUCAUCGAUGGGAAGAUGGGGAAGUGGCCUUCCAGGACAUGACCAACAAUGUCAACAAACAGACCAAAGGCUAUAGGAAAAUCCAACGAUGUUGCCAACGAGCAGCCGCUGAACUGUCUGAAGCUAUCAAUUCCAUGUUUCGCUGGCUGCAUACCAGCAUCAAGCAAAGCCAAUGGUUUACACGGGGCUGGACAUUGCAAGAACUCAUUGCACCGUCUAAAGUACUCUUUCUUGCAACAUAUGACUGGGCAGGAAGCUGGGACAGAAACAGCGCGUGGAAAGAUAUAGGAUCAAGAGACGACCUAUCGACAUUGAUACGCGAAGUAACCGGCAUAGAUGAAUUGAUCCUACGAGAAAAAUCACAACUGCAUGGGUUUAGCAUCGCCAAACGAAUGUCAUGGGCUGCCGACAGAAAGACAACCAGAACCGAGGAUGUGGCAUACUGCCUUAUGGGGAUCUUCGGCAUUAACAUGCCUCUCCUCUACGGAGAGGGAAAAAAUGCUUUUAUCGGCCUACAAGAAGAGAUUAUGAAAGACUCGGAUGAUCAGUCUCUUUUCGCAUGGGAGCAUCUUGAAGAAGACGAUGACUGUCCUAUAGGACUCCUUGCCAAGUCACCCUUGGACUUUAAGAACUCUGGAAGUAUCAUUCCAUUCUACUUUGUCAAAGAUCGCCUUUACGGAAAGGGAGAUACUAGCGCAAGGACUGUGGGCUGUCCCCUAUUCGACCAAAAUCCCUAUGGAUUUUCAAGCACAACGACAGCAUACGCAACAGGUGGUGAAAAACUGCAUCUCAAGAACCUGGUUAUCUGCUUCCAAGAACCAAGAAAUGUGGCCAAAAACUUGAAAUCUCUGUCAAAUGUUGAAAGAAUAUACAACCUUCUCGACUGCACGAACGCAUCUCAGAUUCACUAUUCUCCAGUGGUAUCAGGGAAGCAUGUUGACAAUGUGGUGGAAUGUGUCAAUGACGCAUACGCGUGGUUAAUGAAACAUCACAACCCUCAUGAUAGAAUAUAUAUAUUCGGCUUCUCCGUUGGAGGUUGGGCUGCACAGGAUUUGGCCCGGAUGCUUGAAAAUAUUGGACUCCUGUCUAGCAAUUUCAACAAGAAUAUUGAAGUGAUUCAUGCCUUUCGUGAAUACUGCUUCUGGAAAUCGGCAACGCUUGGUGGUAAUUACUAUGUAAUGCAAGAGAGGACCAGGUACUGGGACAUGAGGGAGCUUCGCGAGAAAUAUUGCAGGCCUAUCGGCAAGGUUUCCUUCCUGGGUAUAUUCGAUGCUGCCAGGAUAGACACUGGAUUUAAAAACACCACUUACUGGUCACUGAAUCUGCCCUCAAGGAUUUCUAGUUCUGGUUGCAUUGUCCGCCAUGCGGUGUCAAUUGAUGAACGGAGCACUCGACUUCCGACGUUGGCCGCAAGUGAUGUGACUACCGAACACUCGGAAAACAUUCAAGAAUUAUGGUUCUCAGGCUGCCAUGCUGACAUUUGUGGAACUGCUCCUGUAAAGCCUGGCGAUGAACUGGGUCCUGGUCACAUUCCACUGGCCUGGAUGAUCCGCAAAGCUGUCGAUGCUGGACUGCAUGUUGACAAGAGGAAACUUAUGCAUGAAUUUGGGUUAGAUGGACAAGGGCAGCUUGAGUCGCUGGGUAUAGACAGCAUUCUAGCCAGUGAUGAACUAAUAAGCGCUAUACGGAUUGCUUCGACAAAAGGCAUCCUGAAUCGUACUCUUGACUCUAAAAAGCUGUCAUCUCUACACUCCUAUCAGAGAAUUCUGCCAGACUCGGCGCGGAUACAUGGAUCUGUUGUAGAGAGCCCUCCCAAUCCAGCUCUGCCCUGCCGCUAUGUCUGA